CACACUCUCCAUGCUCUCUCAUACUAACUCCCUCAGCUCGCUCCAUGAGCUUUCACGCGGCUGUUCUGUUCUGAAAGCUCCGUUGAACGCUGGCGUGUACACCCCGUAUAUAAGUCAUCACCUCCGCAGAAUAUUCUGCAUUCUGCGUCUAUCUCUCGACGAGUGAGGGUGUAUCUUUUGUAUUGUAUUGUGAAGUACUAUUGAGGGCAGUUUCCUCUGACUCAUUCUCGCGCAAAUAUUCGUUUCCUUUUCAAUUGCAAUUCGUCGAAGUACCUACCUAUAUCUUCACUUGAAUCUAUUUUGUCGAUUCUCUUAUUCCUCCAACUGUGUGUGAUUUUGCUGGUGAAGCGCCCAGAGGCAAGAAAAUUCAUCCUGCAGAUAAUUGUGUGCUCUUUUGGAUAAUUUGAAUAUUUGGACUUACUGAAAAAAAAGCGAUAAUGUCAAUUUCUGAUUUUCGGAAAAAGAAGCUUUUGUACGUGUUUAAUGUAUUCUUUGACGUUAACCAGAGCGGAGAAAUAGACAUCAAAGAUUUUGAACAGGCCAUUGAAAAAAUUUGUACACUACGAGGAUGGCCGGCUGGUUCAGCAAAAAAUCAAGAAACUUACGAAGAAAUGUUAAAGAUAUGGGAAGGAUUGCGAUCCAAAGCAGACAAGGAUAAUGAUGGACAGGUGUCCGUUGAUGAGUGGUGCAUUAUGUGGGAUGCAUAUGCCAAAGAUCCAAGUACUGUAAUGGAUUGGCAGCAAAGAUACAUGAAUUUUAUGUUUGAUUUGGAGGAUGCCUCCAACGAUGGUACAAUCGAUGCUAGAGAAUUCGCAACAGUUUGCUCCUGUUAUGGCACUGACAGGAAGGAAUGCGAGGAGGCAUUUGCAAAAAUGUCCAAGGGACAAGAAGAGGUGUCGCGUGAGGAAUUUGCUGAAUUAUGGCAGGAAUAUUUUGCAUCAGAAGACCCGUCCGCACCGGGCAACUACAUUUUUGGAAAUUUGUCUUUCUAAAGCUGCGAAAGAAAGAUAAAAUGUUUUUUGGAAAAAAAAUCGUUGGUAGUUAAGACGAAAAAUUCACAAAUAAAACGAAAGAAAAAAUUUUUAGAUAUGUAAUUUAUAUAGAUAACUGCCAGUAUUUCUUCUUCAUCCUUAAAAAAACUUUGUCAAUCAGUUAAUUAUUAUGGUUCUAUCGAAAAAAUGAAUUAAACUUUCUUCCUUUAACAAAAAAAUAUGCUAUGAUGAAAAUUUUUAGCUAUGCUGUGUGAUGCAGCAAACAUUAAAUAUUGUUGCAGAGGCAAGAAACGUUUUUUUUUAUAAUACUGCUCAUUUUAUAAGUCUGAAAUAUUUCAAACAAGUAAUGCCGCUUUCCGCAAAGGAAUGCAUAAAAAAAAUGGGUGAGCUCGACAGUAUCAUUCUGCUCCAGAAUUAACGAAUAAAUAAAGCUGAGAAGCCGAAAUAAGGCCAAAACGUUUUUCUUUAACACACACAAUCACAUCUUGUGACCGAAAACACUAUGCAAAAAACGAAAAUUUUUUGGUGUGGUUAGAUAAGAAUGUUGAGUUUGUGGAAAGUCCUCAUUAAUCUUUUCAACUUGAAUAAAAAAAGAAUGAUUAAUACUAAUAAAAAAAACGUAGAAUGGAGAUCCUGUUAAUAGACAUGACAGAUUUAAUGACUCUGAAAACAUUUGCACAUUCUUAAAAAAAAACUUUCAAUCUCUCAGAAGCGAGAUGUUUAAUUUUAUGCAACGAAACUUUAAAGUCAAUAUAAAAAGUUGUCCAUUAAUGAAAAAGUUUUUAAAGAAAAAUUGAGAAUGACUAGAGAUUAUAAGCAAGGAUCAAUUACAAUGAAGCACAAAAUAACGAGGAAUUGUUGAUAGUAAUUACUAUAAAUUUAUUAUAUAUAGGUUCAAAGAUGAUGACACGUUUCAUGAAACAUUUUCAGGAAUUAAUAAAAAAAAAAUAGCAAAUUGACUGUUCAGUGUUAUCAAAAAUUCUAGAGUUCCACUAAAAGGUGGAACUCGCCUUUCAAAAAGAAACUAUACCUAUAGAAAAAAAACGAGGUAAAGUAGAGAUUUAACAAACUUUUCAAUCUACAGGUAAUAAAAAAGGAAGGAACAAAUACAGCAAGACUUUGCAAAAAUUCAAAAAAAUUCUCCUUACAUAAAAAACAAAAAUUUCUGUGAGAUUAAUCAAUUAAAUGCAAAAUAUGGAUAAAAAUGUAUUCGUCUAUAGAGAAAAUGCAUAUUCGAAUGAUUAUAUUGAAAAAGGAUAUUUAGAAAAGAAUGAAAUAUGGAAAAAUCACGGAGUUUGUGGCAGAUAAAAAAAAUUGUAUCAUGUAAUCGUGUAAACGGUGUAACUGCAUGUGUAACACUGUAAAGUAGUGCAAUCUAUUCUUCGAUAUUGAUAAUAAUAAAGUAAAAUUUAUUGGAUGCAAAAUAUAAAA